UCUCCCCGGGGAGCACUUCCGGUGGUGUUUCCUGUCAGUGUUUGUAAACUGAGAAAAAAUUGGAAGUGCGACAAGAAAUAAUCAUCUUCAGCACUCUGAAAACCGAAAGACUUUGGCCCCUGAUGAUUUUGGAGGGUGUGGUCUCAUCUGUCACCCCUAUCCUGAGUGAAGCCCCUCUGUCCCCUCAAACACACACGCAUUCAAAGCACGGCGAUGACACACCAUUCCAGCAAUUCUGUUCGAGACCAUAUGAAAUGGGCUGGGUUGCUGGGCUGCGAGGCGGUGCUGUCCAGCAUGGCCCUGAUGCAAGCCAACAACAUCCCAGGCCAGAAGAAGAUGAUGUCACCAUUAGGUCAGGGGCAAAGGACCAGUCCUGAGAGCCACCAGACCCACUCACAGCAUAGCCAGAACCAUCAUGGGCACCAGGGUCACCAUGGACAGCCGCACCACAGCCACAUGGGCCACCCCUCAAGCGGAAGCUGCCCACCUCUGCUCAUCCGGAAAGAUGGAGAUUAUCAUCAUCAAGGAUAAUUGACGGAAAGGACAUGCAGGCAAACCAGAAUCUGCAGCCCAAGAAGAAACAAAAAAAUCAGGCUUAAGCAACAAAGUAAAAGUGGAGCAUUUAGUUCCAGCAGUUGAU